AUGAUCGCAUGGGAGAGAUACAUUGCCAUUCGGAAAUGGAUGGAUUACAAAGGGAUAGUGACCAAAGGCCGCUUGAAAAUGUUGGCGAUAAUAGCUUGGGUAUCAGCCAUAGGAGGAGUAUCUUCAGCCUUCAUUUCAAUGACAGUGGUAGGAGGGGAUGGACUUCUUUUAGCUGCAGAGAUCUUGGACAUCAUUUCAUCGAUUUUGAUAGUUUUUUUGCUAAUAGCCAUUGUGUAUUUUUACCUUAUGGUGUACCUUACAGUUCGAAAACGCGAAUUAAGUCAAAUUCAGCAAGUAAGUGUGUUGGUGAAAGCGAAACUGGAAAACAGAGUUGCUAUGACGAUGGCUUUGGUAACUGUUGCCCUGGUUAUUUCCUUUAUUCCAAUGACGGUUGUCUUUAUUUUGGGAGACUAUUUCCAAGUCUUUCGUGGGUUUUUGGCAUGGUGGGUAGUCGAGACACUGGUGUACUUAAAUUCAGUAGCUAGUCCGUUAAUUUAUUGCUAUAGAGACCGUCUUUUUAGGAUCGCAGUGCUCGAGAUUUUGAGGAUCAGAAAACCAAAGGCAAAGCAGGUCCCCGUAUGCAAUGCAGUGCCAUUCGUCCGACGAAAAGAUUCAUUUGGUUCAGUGAAAGAUGUUGUGCAGAUCCGAAACGUCGAAAACCCUGUCAUUUUAACAAGACCAGCAUCUUGUGAUUUAGCCAUGUUGUCCUUAGAGCGAGGUCACCUACCGCCUUGUUUUCACAAAACGCGAUUGAAAAGAAGCGCGUCAGCUCCGUCUCUUAAAAAGGAUAGUUUCUGCUAUGACUAAUUUAUAUACUCGUAGCGACAUUUCGGACAUUUUGAUGACUUAACUACACUGAGUGAGAUACAGAACUAAUCACGGAAAGGAACGGUGAGAAAUAUGUAACACGAUCGUGUUGAAAGUUCCUUCAACAGGCAAACAAAGUGUAUAAUCGGAAACCUGAAAAAUGUCGAUUGCUAAUAAUAAUCAUAAAUAAUAAUAGUAAUGAUCGAAUCUUUAUCCAGGAUAACCCUUCAGUUUCAAGUACUGUAAUCAACGGGGUCCCGCUGACUAAAAAAAGUUAAAAUCUAAUAAAUAAGAAUAAACAAAAAUGUAUAAAAAGAAAAAAAAAUACAAUAAAAAGUUACAAGCAAUCAUUUGAGACGGAGAACUCAUGGAAAGCGGGGCUGCAAGGAUCAGCAAUUUCGAUGUCGUACUGUGUGGUGAAAGAAUGAAAGAUGGUAAAUUUUAAGCUCGGUGAAACAAAAUUAUGUGAAAAUUGAAUUAAUCAGCAUGUCACGGGCGUGGGACAAGGUAAAAAAAUAAAUAAAGAACGAAAAAAAGUUAUCGAAAUCAACACCCCGAAAUGUAGUCUGAAGAACUGCAAUCUUCGAUUUUUAACAAUUGACAACUUUUUGCAAAAGAAAACGUGCCGUUUUGUUUUUGACUGCCUCAAUGGAGCUACAUGUUUCCCAUUUAGGAAUUAUUUUCAACGUUUUCACCAUAAUUCUUUAAACUCUAUAGAAACAAUGGAAAAGCAGCAAAACUACCCAAGUAUUUAAAAGGUAGAUAUAGGCAUAUUUUUAUCUCCUAAAAAUUUUUCAUCUGUUCGGAUUACCUAGCUGAAAGUCUAGCGAUCCGAAAGUUAAAGAGAUCAAAACUUACCCUUUCGAAAAUUUCAGCCAGAAAAAAGGCUCCCGAAAAUUUUAGGUGACCUUUUUAGGGUAAAAAUCCGUCAGACAACGGGCAAUUAUACCAAUUUUUAGAUGUUCGAAAAUCCUAGGGGAGGCAGGCAAGCAAGAAAUUUUACAGCAAAUGUUCCGAAAACUCUAGAUCUCAAAUCGUCGUUCCCAAACAGAUAUUCUCCGAAAAUUGACGUUGGGUGCCCCUGACAAAAAACUUUUUCACCGGUUUUAUCGAUAAAUUCAAGUCCAAAAGACAAAGCUUUACCUGUCAAAACUUCCACCCCGAACUUCGUCACCUUCUUCGUGCAUUUCGGGAACAGCUUGCUUAAUUAGUUGUGAAAUUUCUUUGUUUGUUACGGCAGCAAGCCGGGAAGCAGGGGAAGGCAUUUUGCUCGAAACUUACACGAGUUUGGCGUCUCUCGCUCGGAGGAACUGGAGGUGAAUCAGUGAAUAGUGCAGGAUAUUCACUGAUUGAGUAGCCAAUCAGAGCGCGCGAAAAACACUAUCCACUGUUUUAUUAUAUAAAAGAAUAGCGUUGAUUUGCUUUAUUGAAAUAACCAGCAUUCUGGCCCAUCCAAAAACGCUGCUUAAUCAGGUGGUAAAACCCUAUUCAACUUAAUGUUGUUAAAGGAAGGGGCUUGUACAGCCCCCGAAAUUAUCCCGACCCCGAAAUUAUCCCCAACCCUGAAAUGAUCCCCAAAUCGACCUCGUAAUGGUCCCCAUUUAUCUUCACGUCGACCCCGAAAUGAUCCCCAAUUAAUUCUUGGAAUGGAAUGGUAUUCCUUCAUGGAAUUAUUACGAGUCUGUUGAAGCGUUUACGUUCUUGAAUCGCAUUUACCUUAUUAUAGGAAAUUAACGCUCCAUGAAAUUAAGGUAUUGGAAAUUAACGCGACUUAAAUUAACGCGAAUUUAAUGGAAAACGACCUUCGAAUAAAGAAAAUUAACGCUAAAGAGGAGGUAGAAUUUCAUCAUAAAGGAAAUUAACGCGAUUUACUAGUAAGACUCAGUUGGUGGUGACAACUGGAACAACGACAAUUGACGACAUCACUUCUGACAGGGACAACGAUGAAGAUGAACUCGAAUUGUAAACCUUGGCCUUAGCGUUUGUGAAAGAUGAAAAAUAAAGGGUAAAUGGAAAGAAAGAAAGCUUGUAGUUAAUGUUUCUUAGGUGUCAAGAAUGUCUGGACAGGUUCCAGAAUUAGGUUUUUAAAAAAUACUGGAAAUUAUGAGCGCGGACAUUAACGUUGCACUUAAUUAACGUCGCGGAAAUUAACGCUCAACAAAAUUAACGCGAAUUUUAUCGAUUCGCGUUAAUUUCAUGGAGUGUUAAUUUCCUAUAAUAAGGUAACAUUUCACUACAGUUUAUGUGAUUUUUUAGCGCUUUUGUCAUCUAAUCACCUUUAUGUCUACUUUUGCAUCUUCAACAUCAUUUUAAAAUUUUAAAAAGUGUUAAAACACCCUUCUUAAAAUUCAGUAUUAAGGCAUGCAGUUAAUUUGUAACAUCAUUUUCAGAAUUUAACAUCUAUGAAGUUUUCUCUAUAACCCGGGCUAUAAUCACCUAAGUAAUAAUAAUAGAAAAAUGUUGUUUCUUGAUGUUAUCGGUUGCAGUUCAUGGUGUUGCCAAAAAUAUACUAGAUUUUGUGUAAAGUAAUCCAGUUUCAAGUGUAAUCUCAAAUUAAUGUCAGUAAAGGAUGUAGGCAAGUGAAGAUUAUUAGUGAAACGUAAGUUAUGAUGUUGUGCAUUUUGCACGAUCCAUAAUUCUAGGAUAUCAUUCUAUUCCUAAAAUUAAUUGGGGAUCAUUGCGGGGUCGAUUUGGGGAUCAUUUCAGGGUUGGGGAUCAUUUCAGGGUCGCGAUCAUUUUGAGGGGCUGUACAGGCUUCUAAUUUCUUACUGUGAAAUUUGAAAAAUGAAAUUCUUAAGCUCGCUCAUGCUUAAGAAUUUCCCCAGCCAUUUGAGUUGAAAGCUCUCUUGAACGCCUUGUCACAAAUGGUCUCAAUUAUUUCAAUGAACCUGAAUUGAACAAGACUGAACUUCCCGCUACAAAAGGGUUUUAUACCAUUGUGCACUGCAGGCCAUGAAACAUGGUUCACGGGAGCAACGUAAUUGAAAUAGCUAUAUAUUUUGUUUUUUCUUUAGUACUUCUUAGCCAUUCAUUUCCACUGUACUUUCGUUUUUCAACAGUCAUAUAAAUCGCUUGAUUCCACAAACAAAAAGCAAUAAUCAGAAUCGGGAGCAAAGCUGAGCAAAUCAAUUAAAGUUACAAGAAAUUCUCAGCCUUUCUUUGAUCCUUUACUGAGUUGUUCCCAGGCUAUGGGACAGUUUCUAAAGGGGAAAAAAGAGACACAUUUUAAGAGUUCAGAAUCGUUAAUUACCCCCUAAAGACCAAAAUCAGUUAAAAAAAAUUCCUGUCACAUACGCUUUAAAAAGCUCGGUAUAGUUUUCCUGUACUAUACACUUUGAGUACUUGUGAGAAAAUUUUCCGUGUCGCAACUUGCUUUAGUUUUCAUGUAAAUACUUGCUGUUUUCAAAAGCAAAUUUUAGACAAUGUCUUUUUCACAUCCGUUUGAACUUAGCAUAAAGUUGGGUGAGCUACUCAGGCUUCAUAACUCCGCGAGUCUCAGAAACUAGAACCAAGCGAGGUUUCAUAAAUAACAGUCCGCUAUGUCAAACAUGAACCGGUCAGUGUUUGAUUGCUUGCAUUCUCAAGGUUUAAUGUGGGACGUACAUGACACUACUUCUCCUUGGAUUUUUACUGCUGUUUACUCUGUUCUCUCUCCCACUGCAUUUCUUUUGAACCUAUCAGUAAUUAUAACAAUUACGAAGAAGAGAGAACUACAGAGACCUUCCAAAAUCUUGUUAAGAAGUAUGGCUGUUUCGGACCUUCUAGUAGGUGGUAUUAGUAUGCCUCUAUCUGCUAUAAUUGGACUGUUACUUCCCCAUCGAAUACUGACUGAGCGGCAAUUUUGCACGUUUGACUUGGUAAUUUUUUUGUUUUCAUAUAUUCUGUAUUUUUGCUCGUUUUUGCAUUUGACAAUGAUCGCAUGGGAGAGAUACAUGGCCAUUCGGAAAUGCAUGGAGUACAAAAUGACGGUGACCAAAGGCCGCUUGAAAAUCUUGGCGAUGAUAGCUUGGGUAUUAUCCAUAGGAGGCGUAUCUUCAGUCUUCAUUUCAAUGACGGUGGUAGGAGGGGAUGGGCUUCUUUUAGCUGCAGAGAUCUUGGACAUCAUUUCAUCUAUUUUGAUACUUUGUUUGCUAAUAGCCAUCGUGUAUUUUUACGUCAUGGUGUACCUUUCAGUUCGAAAA